GUGCGGAUGUCACGUGGUCAGGUCGCGGGGUCGCUUCCCGUUGCUAGUUAGCUGUUCAACCUGCGCUAGAGACAUGUGGGAAAGUCGUUAACGUUCGUACGAGUGACUAUUUGGCUCGUUCAGUGUUCAAAAAGACUGUGUUGUGGUGGUAAAGACCACCUCAGGCUGCUGGACUUUCCUCUCUGCUCGGAGGUUCGUUACAAAUCAUCGGAACAGCGGAAGAAGCAGACAGGAAAAGAUGUCGUACUACUCAUCCUCCCGUAGUUCAUCUCGGGCCACUGACUGUAAAGUGUACGUGGGUGACCUGGGCAACGGUGCCGCCAAGGGGGAGCUGGAGCGAGCAUUCAGUUACUACGGCCCGCUGAGAAGCGUCUGGGUGGCCAGGAACCCACCCGGUUUUGCCUUUGUGGAGUUUGAAGAUCCCAGAGAUGCAGAAGAUGCUGUGAAAGGAAUGGACGGAAAGGUCCUGUGUGGUUCUCGUGUACGUGUGGAGAUGUCAACAGGAAUGUCCAGGAAGGGUCGCGGGCGCCCCAGCCGACGCCAGUUCGACCCCAAUGAUCGAUGUUACCAGUGUGGGGACCGGGGCCACUACGCCUACGACUGCUACCGCUUCAGCAAGAGAGGCCGCCGCAGCAGCAGGUCUCGCUCUCGUUCUCGAUCUCGCUCGAGGUCCAGAUCCCGCGGACGCCGCUACCGCUCUCGCUCCCGCAGCCGUAGCCACAGCAGGAGCCGUCGUCGAUCUCCAUCCUAUUCCAGACGCAGGAGCAGGUCUGGCUCCCCAGCCCGUUCCAAGUCCAGGACUCCUGUGAGAAGUCGUUCCAGAUCUCGGUCUCGGUCCGGAUCUGUGCCCAGGGGACGCUCUGUCUCCCGAUCCCGCUCACGAUCUCCGUCAGCCAAUCACAAGAGGAACAGCGUGUGGUGGGAGCUGAGCACUGCACUGACACUGCAGCUGAUCCCAGGCCCAGGGUCUGCCAGCUGGCGGUGUGUACGUCCUGCGGGAGGGUGACUAAGCGCUGACCUGAGAUCAGCCUUCGCCUGCAGCUGGUGUUAGACAGCGAGAAAGAGGUCGACCUACCGACCGAAUCCUCCCCACAGUGAAUGAAUGGGUGACCGUCUGUCCAACCGACGCACACGCUCAGACGAGAUCAGCCCGCGCACACAUACAGUUGUUCUACUAGAGUCACCCAGCCAGCCUUCAGAUCUACCAGAGGGCUGACCCACACAGUUCAGAGUUCGACCACUACCUUUUUAAAUCCAUUACCUACCUACCAGACCCCCCUUCCUACCUACCUACCAGAGUUCUUCGGCCUCUGUCUUAGCUUCUGAAAGUGAGAGAAAGAGAGCUGACGAGAGAUCAGUCUUCAAGAGCCUCCCCAGCGCAGUGUCUCCUACAAGUUGUAGUCAUCCGUCCUUCAGUCCUUUCAUCCUUCGCUUCUCUGUACUUGUUGUUUCUGCCACUGUCUCCAAAGGUAACCAAAAAUCAAACCCCCUGACAAGCUCAUGUUGAUGGUGAAAGAAAAUGCACAGGUUGAUGAUGUACUCUGGAAAACUGGUGAUUUUGUUUUUUAUAUAUAUAUACAUAUAUAUAUACAUAUAGAGCUAAAGUUGAGCCAUUAACAAGCAUGCUCAGAUUGAUAGAGUGUAGUUGCAUGUGAGAGUGAGUGGAUGACUGAGUGAGCGCAAGAGAAGCAACAUGAAUUUAUAAACGGGCUGAUAUAUCUGAGGAGGCUUUGUCAGAUUUUUUUUUUUCUUCUUCUUGUGUCAUAUAUGUCGCAACAUCAUUACCAUUUUUGAGCCGCUUUACCUAUAUAAUAUCCAUUUAUAGCACUUUAAACUCAGUACAGUGGUUUUCAAAUGUGCAUUUCCUUCUCUGCUAAUGGUAUAGAACAGUUUUUUGCUCCUUUUUUUUCUCUAGGUGUGUUUUAGUUGGUGGAGGAUCAAGGCCUAACUGUCUCCUCAAAGAACAGAAACUAUGCUAACUAUCUGUUCUAGUAGGAAGUGAGGAGACAAUGUCAAUGACUUGUGUCAUUUAUUUUGAAGAGGUUUGCCCCGGGGGUUCAAUUUUGUAUGUAGCUUUUGACCCCCAGACAGUUAUUUUUCCAGACAUAUUAAGAUUAGUUGCCGUAGACAAAAAAAAAUAAACAUAAAAGUAAACAGUGUCUAUCGGUCUGAGAGGUCAAAGAGAUAUUCAGACAGUUAACAAAUAUGGGCGAUCAUCCAAGUCUUGAACCUUCAUACUGUUUUAAGUUGUUUAAUAAUGUGGGUUUUUUCUUUUUUCUGAUCGUUCUUCCAUCCUCCCCUAUGGCGAGCUAACUCCUCUCUGUUUCUGUUUCAGUCGUUCCCGUUCAGCAAGUCCAAACCGAAGCCCUACGCCAGCAGACGACUGAGUGAAGAAGAGACUAGUAGUACCCCCCCUCCCCCCCAUACCUCCCUUCUCCCUAACAGACAGACCCUCAACCCCCUGCACCCUGUCUGCUUUUACAGCCCCUACAGCCGUUUUUUUUUUUUUUUUUUUGUACUUGUUUGUCUAGUCCCAGUCUUUUAAGUUUAAUUCCUCUCCCUACCUCCUUCCCUCCCUUCCAGGGCUGUAGUCCUCGCGCAGCCUCAGAUUGUUGCAGAUUUAGUCAGUGUAGUGGACAGAAACGGGUGUCCGUUUGAUGGGGAUUUUUUUUUUUUUUUUAAACGCUGCAUAGGAUGUUUUUCUUCUCAGACGUCUAGUAGCGAGUACAAGAAGCAACACCUACAGUAUGUAAAUGUCGACUUUUAACAGUGAUUCAGUCAGUUCAUACAGAAAAUUGCAUUGGAAGGUAACCCAGUUGAUACCAGUCUUGAGGGUGAGACAUUGCAUUGAACUGCUUAUAUUAUUAAAAAUAUUUUUUUCCACAUUGAGAAUUGGUGAACAAUGUUUUUUUGUAUUGCACUCCAAUUAGAUUUUUUUUUUUUUUUUUUUAGUUCAAAUGCUGUUUAACCAGUCCAUUCAUAAUGGCAUAAGCAGAUACGUCAUUGCCUGCAUGCCUUUAUAUAUGAUGUCACAUUCCUACUGUUUGUUGUUUCUGUGCUGCACUGCCCUUUUUACAAACCUCAUCGGCUUCACUGUGUGAUUAAUAGAUUCCCCCCCACAUGUGUUGAUCUCAGAUUUGUUCUCCUGUGACUUUUUUGAUUUUAAAAUGUGCUUAAGGUUUUUUUUUUUGUUUUUUUUGAAGGGCUGCUUUGAAAGUUUUGUUCUGUUCCUGGCUUCUAUGGUAAGACAGUGGCAGUUUUAUUUUUGAAUAAAUCUCCUCAACAUAC